AGAACGCUUAAGUGGUUCCGUUUCCGCUCCGGCGAACGUACCAACACUAGCUUGGUCUUUAUUUCGACUGUGGAUUGUUUGCGCGCACUGCGAAAACAUGGCGUGCAAGAGUGCAGCGUACGACGCCUUGUCGGACAUUGACGAGAGCAUCGGGGAGAAAGAUGAUGGGGAAAAGGCUGUGUGUUUGCUCGUGCUCGGCAUGGCCGGUUCCGGAAAGACAACAUUCGUUCAGAGGUUGACGGCUCACCUUCACGCUGGCCAAUGUCCUCCCUAUCUCAUCAACCUGGACCCCGCCGUACAUGACAUUCCCUUCCCUGCAAACAUCGACAUCCGAGACACUGUCAACUAUAAGGAGGUGAUGAAGCAGUACGGCCUGGGACCCAACGGUGCCAUUGUCACUUCACUCAACCUCUUUGCCACGCGCUUCGAUCAGGUGAUGCAGUUUAUCGAGAAGAAGCAGCACAAUCACAGGUACGUCCUUAUUGAUACUCCGGGGCAGAUUGAAGUCUUCACGUGGUCUGCGUCCGGCAGCAUCAUCACCGAAGCUCUGGCGUCUUCCUUCCCCUGUGUGGUCGUCUAUGUCAUGGACACGUCUCGCAGUGUCAGUCCCGUCACCUUCAUGUCCAACAUGUUGUAUGCCUGUAGUAUUCUCUACAAGACCAAGCUACCCUUCAUUGUCGUUAUGAACAAAACAGACAUCAUUGAGGAAAGCUUCGCUGUGGAGUGGAUGAAUGACUUUGAGGCUUUCCAGGAUGCGUUGAGCCAGGAAAGCUCGUACGUGAGCAACUUGACACGCUCCAUGAGUCUGGUCCUGGAUGAGUUCUACUCCAACCUGAGGGUGGUGGGCGUGUCCUCCGUAACUGGCAGCGGAUUGGGUGAGCUGCUCGUCAAGGUGCAGGAUGCUGCUCAGGAGUAUGACAGGGACUAUCGACCAGAAUACGAACGACUCCGGAAGCAGCUGAUGGAGACUAAAAGCCAAAAGCAGCGAGAGCAGCUGGAGAGACUCAGCAAGGAUCUUGGCAGUGUCUGCAUGACACCGGCCUCCGUUACAGAAGAAGCCUCAAAUGUGGGUGGGCCCAGUGACCUCAUCAUGACUCGUGGCGAUCUCGACAACAUGGAGGCAGUGGAUAGCGACACAGACGACGUGGACCACAGCAAAGUGGAGGAGAGCAAAGAGAAGGACGCCUUCAGAAGUUUCCUGCAGGAGUCGAAAAUUGGAAGAGCAGCUUGAUGGAAGGAUCUUGACGUGAUGUCUUCAGGACAGCUGAAGCAAAACACAAACUUUCUUCGCUUAAGGAAGGCAAAACUACAUUUGUGUUUUUUUUGUUUUACCCUUUGGUCUUGUGGGCAGCGUUGUCGAUGGGUAUAGACAUAUAGACAUGCCUGCCUCCUACUUUUGAGGUCGGACUUUCUCUGGCCUUUUUGUGUGAACUUUGCACGGUUAUGGCUGUCCGCACUCAAGUGACUUCUCUCUCCCGCAUUCACGCCAGUGACACGUCGCCGUGGUAGCAGCCUUCUCUCACUGCUCAAAGUGUUGAAAUCAGGUGUACAUUAUUACCGUCAAUCUCUGUGUAACCAGUGUUGUUUUCUGGCUACUUAAUGGGAGAGGGCCAUUGCCAAACCUAACCCUAACCCCCAGCCACUGACCGCGUAACGGAUCUCAAAAUUCUCCCUUGGCCCGUGUUCUCCAUCUGUCCGCGUCAGAAUGACAUCCCAGCGAGCCGCUUGUGGAAAUGUCCCCUGCUCUUUGCAAGUGAUUUCAUUUUGCGUUUGCGCCUGUUUAUUGUUUCCCCCAUUAAACCUUUGAAAGUUC